UUUGCCGCAGCGACGGAGACGUCGUGCUGAGGGGAAAGAGGGCAGCGCCCCAGAGGGCUGCUGGCUGGGGAUGGGGUGACGGCCCAAAGGCUCGGCUCAGGGGCUGCGGGCAGGGGCCGGGUGCUGCUGAGCAGGAGCCGGGUUGGCACAUCCUGAAUUUUUGCUCCGCUGCACAAAGGACCCCUGUGCUGCUGCUGCAGAUUUGAGAGCGAAACGAUUGACUGAAGCCACCCGUUAUUAUUUUUGGCUACUCCAGCCAUGUAUCAAAAACCUGACGCUGGGUUGAUGCUGGUGCCCUACUUUAUAGAAGCCUUGAAAAGCAGAUCGAGGACAGCGAGCUUGUCUUUGUGCCUGGCAUCUGCCAGCAAAGGAUCCCAUCUAAUGCCGAGGCUGAAAGAAUCGCGCUCCCACGAGUCUCUGCUCAGUCCCAGUAGUGCUGUUGAGGCUUUAGAUCUCAGCAUGGAGGAAGAAGUGGUCAUCAAACCAGUCCACAGCAGCAUCCUGGGACAAGACUACUGCUUUGAGGUGACGACUUCAUCAGGAAGUAAGUGCUUCUCGUGCCGUUCUGCAGCAGAGCGAGAUAAAUGGAUGGAAAACCUGCGGCGUGCCGUGCACCCAAAUAAGGACAACAGCAGAAGAGUAGAGAAUAUGUUAAAGUUAUGGAUUAUCGAAGCCAAGGACCUGCCAGCUAAGAAAAAGUACUUGUGUGAGUUAUGCCUGGAUGACGUUCUUUAUGCACGAACUACCUGUAAAUUGAAAACUGAUAAUGUCUUCUGGGGGGAGCACUUUGAAUUUAAUAACCUCCCAUCGCUCAAAAACAUUACGGUGCACUUAUACAAAGAGACUGACAAGAAGAAAAAGAAGGACAAGACCAAUUUCAUUGGACAGGUGAACAUCCCUGUCAGCUCUGUCACGGGACGGCAGUUUGUGGAGAAGUGGUACCCUGUGGUCAGCCCCAACCCUGGGAAGGGCAAAUCCCCAGGGCCCAUGAUCCGCAUUAAGUCACGCUACCAGAGCAUGAGCAUUCUUCCCAUGGAGAUGUACAAAGAGUUCGCCGAGUACAUCACUAACAACUACAUGGUGCUGUGCUCAGUGCUGGAGCCUUCACUGAGUGUGAAGAACAAAGAGGAGAUGGCGUCUGCGCUGGUGCACAUCCUGCAGAGCACAGGCAAGGCCAAGGAUUUCUUGACUGACCUGAUGAUGUCUGAAGUUGAUCGCUGUGGUGAGAAUGAGCAUCUCAUUUUCAGGGAGAACACAUUGGCCACCAAAGCAAUCGAGGAAUACCUGAAGCUGGUGGGACAGAAGUACUUGCAAGAUGCCUUAGGGGAAUUUAUCAAGGCUCUCUAUGAAUCAGAUGAAAACUGCGAGGUGGAUCCCAGUAAGUGUUCAUCCUCAGACCUCCCUGAACAUCAGAGCAACCUGAAGAUGUGCUGUGAGCUGGCCUUCUGCAAAAUCAUCAACUCCUACUGUGUCUUCCCAAGGGAGCUCAAAGAAGUUUUUGCCUCGUGGAGACAGGAGUGCAGCAACCGUGGCCGCCCAGACAUCAGCGAGCGACUGAUCAGUGCCUCCCUGUUCCUCCGCUUCCUCUGCCCAGCUAUCAUGUCCCCUUCCCUCUUCAGUCUCCUGCAGGAGUACCCGGACGACCGCACUGCACGCACUUUGACCCUCAUUGCCAAGGUCACCCAGAACCUGGCCAACUUUGCCAAGUUUGGCAGCAAAGAGGAAUAUAUGUCUUUUAUGAAUCAGUUUCUGGAACAUGAGUGGACCAACAUGCAGAGAUUCCUACUGGAGAUUUCCAAUCCAGAAACCAUCUCAAACACAGCUGGCUUUGAAGGCUACAUUGACCUGGGCCGGGAACUGUCCACUCUGCACUCGCUGCUCUGGGAAGUCAUUUCUCAGCUGGAGCAGAGCACUGCAACAAAACUUGGCCCUCUGCCGCGGAUCCUGAGGGACGUCAACUCGGCGCUCAGUAACCCGGCCUGCGUGCAGGUCUCAGUCACAGCUGAUCACACUGCAUCCACUCCCAGUGCUGGGAACAGCAUCUCUGCGGGGCUGCAGAAAAUGGUGAUAGAGAAUGACUUAUCUGGUCUGAUAGAUUUCACACGGUUACCAUCUCCAACCCCCGAAAACAAGGACUUGUUUUUUGUCACAAGGUCUGCUGGGGCUCAGCCCUCGCCUGCCCGAAGCUCCAGUUACUCAGAGGCCAAUGAGCCCGACGUGCAGAUGUCAAAUGGCAGCAAGAGUUUGUCCAUGGUGGACUUGCAGGACAAUCGGCUCUUGGACAGCGGGGCCAACGCGCCCGGUGCUGCCGACUCCCUCAAUGACAGUCAGUCGUCCCUCGGGCAGUUGCAGGGCGUGUGGAGCGCUCGGACUCAGCAGAGCAGCAUGUCGGGUAUGGCCACGGUGCGCCGCGUGGGCGGGGCCCGUCUCCGGCAGCAGUCGUCCUCCUCCAAGGGCGACAGCCCCGAGAUGAAGCAGCGCACCAUGCACAAACAGGCCCCUUCUCCUGUGAACCCCAGUGCCCUGGACCGCACUGCUGCUUGGCUUUUGAAUAUGAACAUGCAGUUUUUAGAAGAUGAAAGCAUUGACCCAGAUUCCAAGCACAGGGAUAAGCUCAGGAAUAAGGACGAGCUCAGCCAAGCAGAAAAGUACCAGCAGGACCUGGUGGUGCUGCAGGACAAGUUGCGCAUCUCCAACAAGAAGCUGGAGGAGUACGAGACACGCUUCAAAUGCCAGGAGGAGACAACGCAGAAACUGAUGCUGGAGUACCAGGCCAGGCUGGAGGAGAGUGAGGAGCGGCUGCGGAGACAGCAGGAGGAUAAGGAGAUCCAGAUGAAGGGCAUCAUCAGCAGGCUGAUGUCAGUUGAGGAGGAGCUGAAGAAAGACCAUGCAGAAAUGCAGGCUGCCGUGGACUCCAAGCAGAAGAUCAUUGAUGCACAGGAGAAACGCAUUGCUUCAUUGGAUGCUGCCAACGCACGGUUAAUGAGUGCCCUUACUCAGCUGAAAGAGAGGUACAGCAUGCAGACGCGUAAUGGGAUCUCCCCCACAAACCCAACUAAAUUGCAGAUUACAGAGAAUGGAGAAUUCAGAAACAGCAGUAAUUGUUAACCCCGGAGGGCGCUGCCGCAGGAGGAGGCCUGGCCAGAGAGACCGUGCAGCAGCAGGUGUGAGCCGCGGCUUCAGAGAACGGCUGCUCUCUCCCCAGAGAACCCAGCUCCUUACUGCGGACGGCGCGCUUGACUGAGCCUUUGUGGGAGAUGCUAAUGCCAGCACAUUGAGGGGACGGAAAGAUCAAGUGUGAGAUGAGUGGCAUAAGGAAAUAAGAUAUAUUUGAGAAUUGCUGUCACUGUUGGAUUUAAAUCAGUGUUUAAUGUUUAAACAGAAGUAACCUUUUCCUUCCAAGCUGCCCAGAGAAUACACCUCCUCCUCCCAACAGGGAGUAACGUCCUUGCCGCUGCAGUAAGCAAAAUGCAGGGAGCUGGGCAGGGCCUGCAGUGGGCAGCACCCUCAGUACAGGCAGCACAUGCUGGACAAGGGCUGGCAGGAGCCUGGCCUGCUCCUCCUGUGCCUCCCCCUGGAGCACAGCCCCAUCCCCAGAGCAAUCCCUGAGCCUUCGGCCUUCCUUAUGUAGCUUUUGUGCUGCCACUGACUUUUGCAGUGGGGAGCUGUCCAGAGGGCAUUUGCACAGCAAAUAAGAGUUUAAUUAACUCUGUCCAUACAGGGAUGGUCAGGGCUCACUCAGUACAAUGUGGGGCCACAUAGGUGCUGCUGGGGCUGCGGGCCCUGGGCAGUCCCUAUGAGCAGGAUAGGCCCCAGGCUCCUGUGUCAGUGGAGGGAGGAUCUGGGCCCUGCAGAAGGAUUUCUUGGUUCUACUCCCAGCUUCUGCUCUCACAGACACUGGGGACAAAUCUUUGUAAAGCAAUAGUUUCAGGGCACUGCGUUCCCUCCCACACAUAUAACCACAGAACAAAUUAAAGGUUACCUGAGCUUGCUGUCCCCAAGCUGUGAGUGAGGUGCAGGGUCUGGAUUUGCUGCUGGUGCCCACUGUGGAGAGGGGGAGUGCCAGGCUGCAACAUGGCCAGAUUCAUGCUUGACAAAGAGUUCAUUAUGGGGAUGUCAUGCUCUGUGCGGAGAUUCUUACUGUUUCUGGGGAGGAAAAAAAGGCAAAGAAACAAGAACGGCCAUGAAGAACCAUGAAGAUCGGUAAUUGUAUUUCUUUUCUUUCACAGUAUGCAUUAGAAAAAAAAGAGCCCAUUUUCUGGAAUACUGUCCUCUUUAAAUUGGGAAUGAGCACUGCAUGGAAAUUAACCGGCUUGAAGAAUGUAAAACAUGGUCAUAAGGGAGUAACCAACAGGAACAGCAGCCACCACCGAGAGCCCCCUUGUCAGGAGCACUGUGCAGGCAUAAGCCAGGAUUAGACGUUCCAGCCCCGGCACACACAGACAUGUUGCUCAGCGGAGGGGUCACCUCCUUAACGGGGGAUUGUGCCGCUGACCUGCCGCCACGGUGUUCGUUGGUUUGUGGUUGUUCAGUUAGUCCUUCACGACUCCCAGUCUCAGAGCAGGUCACUCGGACCGAGAGCCAGAGAGAUUUCUCUGAGACACGGAUGACAGUGUACAGUGUACAGGACAUCUGCCUAUUCCUCCCACUAAAGUUUAACACACUGCUGACCGCCUGUCCUAGCUCCUCCUGCCACGUGUAAAUGUACAGUCAAAGGUACUAGGACGUUCACUGAGCUCUGCACAGCUUAGGUACCACCUGCAGCCUCGCCGGGCUGCCUGAGCAGGACGUGAUGUGCCAUAAGCUCUGCACUGCCAUGCUGCCCCACAGCUGUAAGGCUCACUAACAGCAUCUUUCCUCAUGCAAUUGCUUUCAAAAUUUAAGAUGAUUUUUUUUUUUACAUUUUUGUAAACGUUUGUCUGUUGCCUGGAAGCCCUGGGCCAAGUCUGGUGUGGCUGCAGCUGCUGCAGCUCCGGUCCUUGGAGGAACAAACGCACUGCUCUGCAUUGAGGUCUCUGCACGCCACCAACGCCUGCAGAAUGGUGCAAGUACACAGAGACCCCAAAAGGAGCUCCUCAGAGAAAAGUAAUCACUAAGUGUUUAUGCCAAGUACAGCAUGUGGAGAAUAGCACAGAUGUCUUUGAAGAACUUGACACAGAUGACAAGGUUACAACUGGAGAAAGACCCAGACAGGUUAGGAAUACACAGGGUUAUGUGAACAGUUUGGUUCAUACGCAUAACUUCUGCUGUUGUCUUUAUAUACAUGAUAAGAACCCUGCUAAAAAAGACUUUUAAUCUGUUCCUGCUCUGAGAUGUAUUUUUAGAGUCAAUUGUUUCUGAGCUCCAAAAUAUUGGUGUUGGGAGAGAUGGAAGUUCAACAUAAAGGAAUGGAAGCACUACAGGGCAGACGCUUCACAGGCAGUGCUUCCAUUUGUAUGUGGACAAAAUCUGGGGGUGCAGUCAGUGCCCUCUAAGAGCUGGAAGAAAGACUCACCCACACCACAGUUGGUUAGUGCUGAAGCAAAGUGCAGUAAAUCUGCUUGCCCCCCCCAGCCAAGGCACUGCUUUUAUACCACCAUUCCCCUUCCUUUUUUCUCCCCAAGAAAAUCCUGGGUAACCUCAAAUGUGCACAUCACUGAGCACACUGUCCUGCUGCAAGAGCAGGCUGUUCAAGUCCUUCCACAGUGAGAUACUAAAAUAUAAAAUCUUCCAAGUUCCAGUGCCAAUACCUUCCGGAGUUGCUCAGUUUCCUAAGCCAGUAUGAAACAGAAUUCCAAUUAGAACGAGAUCUUUUUUCAAUGGAGCUUCCCCAGCCCCUUGUUCCUGUGUCUCCUUACUCUGCAAGUAUCAAUAACUGGAGCUAAGUACAACUCUCCCAUGUCAGGGUUUGGGGAAUAGGUUUUAAGAUCCAGGCUCAGCUCAGUUCUGUUACUUCUGUUUGUGUUUCUGUUAUUUAUAAACUAGUACAUUGUGUGUGUGUGUGUGUGUGUGUGUGUGUGAGAGUGGCAGUGCCAGGUACCCAGCCGCAGCCCCAGCCCUGGUUCCUGGCGUAGCAAUAGCAGAGGCAAUUAAUUGCAGGAGGUGCUCACAGCACCGCGGUGAAGCAACCACUAUGCGUAAUGUUUUGUGAUCUGCUCCAUUUUCUUUUUCAUUCUUGCGCUUUCUAAAAUAAGAGGCUGUUCUAGUGCAAACUUGUCAAAGUGUAAACAAUACUAAAACACACUCAGAUUUUUAUCUUAAUACAAGUCUUAAUAUUUUUUGUAAAUGUUUUCAGUGUUUACUGUAACGUAUCUAUCUCACUAACGGUUGUAUAUAGUAAUUUACUUCUGGUGCUGCUGCUUAUUUGGUCAAGAUUUGGCUGUAUCUCACUGCUGUUCAGCAGAGGUGGACUUCAUCUAUCUGGCAAAUCUGGAUCCAGCCCCAGGUUAUGAUUUCAGCCUCCUCCCCAUGGGGUACCUGAGGGAAGGGGGAGCAGCCAGGGAUCCAGGUUUGAGGUUGGCCCACCUCAAGGAUUCUGUUUUAAGAGUUAUGAUUUGGGGUUUUGUUAAUCUGUAGCAAACAAUUCUGGAAAAAAAGAAAAAAUGAUGAAAACUUUGUGUAAAGGGGGAUUCAAUGGACUGAACGAUACUCUGGGGUCUCUGCAGACUCUGAGUACCAUCCUUUCGGACAGGGAUUAUGGCUCAAGUGCAGUGCCAACUAACCGGAGGGACUCAGGUCCUUCCCCAUGCCAAUUAAUACUACAGCACAGUCACCAGCCCCUUUUGCACCAGAUUAAGCAAAUCCUGCUGCCAUCCAAAGAGUCCUGUGUCACUCUGCAUUGUCAUUUGAGUCUGGUUGGUUUUGUUUUCUGCUUUUAAAGCACUGAUUGCACUGUGAGAACAUGCUGAGUCCGCCGGCCUGGCAGCCAGCCCGCAGGUCGCUGCAGGGUGCAGGACAUGGCUUCUGCUGUGAAUAUUCCUGAAGGGAGAAGGGACACAAGAGGACCUGAGUGAGAUACCACAGUCUGCUGGGAGAGCAGCCCCCAAAUUGCGUCCAACGCUGAGAAUGCCCAUGGGCUUCUCCUGUUACUUAAAUCCACACCAACAUGCAACAUAAAACACGCUAAGGUCUGAUCCAGGACUCACAGCACCCUGCCCAGUGUGGAAAGUGUGGGCUCGUAGCCACCACCACUCCCCAGCCCUAGAGGACACUGCUCAGCCACAAGGCUCGCCUGUGUGGCCCUGUCCUGCUCGGAACCAGCUGAGCCCUGGGCCAGCCCUGCAGGGCUAACUGGCACCUUUUCCCUCAAGGAAUAUCAGAAGGGAUGGGGAGGUAGGAGAUGAUAGAAGCAUGGGCUUUCCAAACCAAAUCCAGUCUUGAGAGCAUUAUACAACAUUCAAAAACAAUCAUGCUUUGAAAAAGGGUGUCGCGUUCAAGCACUGACUUCACAGGUUACCUGAGCUGUGACAUUGCUGUAAAUUCUACGUGGUUCUGCAUCAGCUGCCAGCACCCCGAAGUGCAGUCUCCAUGUUCACAUAUUCCUUUAUCAUACAUCACUGUGUCUUAAGAUAUACCUCUCUCUGUAUAUCUGCUUAAGCUGAUACUUGUUCCUGAUAAGCAGUCGCUAUGUUUUAUAUCCUCUUAUAAAGAAAAAAAAUCUUUUUGUAAGUAUGUUUAAAAACAAACAGAAAAAAAAAUGCAAAGUGGAAGUGUUUGCUGAAUCUCCUUCAGCUCCUUUUAAACUAUGUAAUAAUGUACAGAGAAAGUUGUUGGUGUUCAAAGAAAUGAUGUGGCCGUGCAAUUUAUGUACAUUUGCAAUUAGAAAUAUUAAAGAUUUAUUUAGAUAUUUUA